UGGGUGGAGGGGCGAGGAUGCUCUUUACUGUUUAGGGCUAUUUUUGCUUUUACUGUCGUUAUUACUUCUCUGCAGCACAUUUGCGAAUUAUUAAACGUGCUUUAUAAUUAAGUAAACUUGAACGUGAACAUUAAAAAUACAUUAAAAUCCUUGCUUUAGGUGCGGAGUGUUAGGCGGGCAGAGCCCAUUUUGUCAGCAUAUUCGGUAAAGUUUGAAUUUGAAAUGUGUUCCGGAUUUUAUUCUCCCAUCAAGUUCGUGACCCGCCACGUUUAUAGAGGAGAUAAUAAAAAAAAUGUGGCUGCUACGUUGGUUCGCUCCUUCACAGUUCGCCGGCGGUUGAACUGGUUAGAGGUUACGAGGAAGCGGGGGCGGCAUCGCUUUCCUGUAACGUAGCGCUUGUUGAAGGGAUGAGGACAAAGAGGAAAGAGAGACACCACGAUAUGUUAAGAGUUUUGAGCAAAAAUAACUUCUAAAAUCUGAGAGGUCCUUGACAGCUAUUAUAGCAUAUUAUACAUAUACACUGACUUUAUUCAGAAUCCUAGUUAAGAGCAUAUUUGAUCGUAUACUGCUGAUGGCACUGCUGUGUUUGGCUAAUGUCAGUCACAUGAUUGAAGCGCAUCAAUCAUGCACUUCAAUCAUGUGGUCCAGUUUGAGCUUGGGCGCAGACCACACCCACCCGGAGCAACAGUCGCUCCUCUGUGUGACAAAAUGCUUGCUUACAUGUCAGAAGUUUCUAAAGUUUCUGAAUAAGAGGAAGACAUGUGCUGCGAUUCAAACCUCAUUUCAGGAUGGCGUGCCGAUCAGACCUGCUCUGCAAUGCCUCAGCGUGUGGGAAGCUGGAAGAGGUGUUGGAUUUAUUGAAAGCUGGAGCUGAUGUUAAUGGACUGAAUGAGUUUAGGAGGACUCCUCUGCAGGUGGCGAUGCUCGGAAACACCGAGCUCGUCCGGGCUCUACUCGCGGCGGGAGCUGAUCCCAACGCGCGAGACCACAUCCUAAACCUCACCGUGACUCACGACGCCGCACGCGAAGGUUUUGCGGAGACCGUGCGUGAGCUGGUAAAUCACGGAGCGGAUGUGAAUCUCGCGGACGCAAUCGGCAACCUGCCGCUGCAUCUGGCCGCAAGGGAGGGGCACCUGGAGGUGGUGAGGGUUCUCCUGGACCUCACCGAGGACCCCCGGAGGACCAAUCAGCAGGGACACACCGCGCUGUGGCUGGCACGAGACUUCAAUCGCGCAGAGACGGCUGAUUUCAUUGAGCAAUAUCUGGACCCUGAGUGACGUGAGGGAAGGUCUUAUUGCUAAUUUGUGUUUAUUAUAAUGGGCCCUCAGAGGAAGAGCAGCUCUUGUAGAGGUAUAACAGUCUAAUUGUCAUAAGGCAAAUGAAAAUGUUAUUUUAUCAGAGUCAGAGUCACCUUUGGUGACCAGACUCUGCUCAUUAGAGGUGAAUAAGUCUUCAGUGUCACACCAUAUUCCUGCGUUAAUGUUUAAUAAAAGGGCUUUUGCGACGACUUGUCCCAACAAGACGUCACUUCCUUACGCAGGUGAAGAUUCCAGCCGAGGCGCGGCAUUGUUUUUGGUUGUUCAAAUAAAAGUUUGUUUGUAGCUACUGUUGGGUCUACAGCACCCUUCUUCUUUGUGCCGAAGUGCUUUGUAAAUAUCAUGUGACAUCAAAUACUGAUUGUAAAAACAAGAAAUAAACUUAAACUGACACGCAUGUGUCAUUUUUGUGCUCAGUUUUCUCAAAUAUAGUCUAUUGUAAAAAAAAAAAAA